UCCAGGCAGGCAACUUGCAACGCGACUUCUUCUUACCCUGACACUCACCGCGAAGAAGCUUUUAAAUUGAGUGCGCCGUCGUGUGAAUGGCAGCUGGUGGAAAGAAGCAGAGUUUGCAGCAGGACUGCAGUCACGUAACAAGAGUGCACGACUUUAUCUAGAGGUGGCCGCCCAGCAGUAGCUAGUCAUGACAGUGUUCCAAAUGUAGUGGAAGGUUCGGGGACAAACACACCCACCAAAAAACGAAAACUCAACCCAAUUCCAGUGCUUACUCAUCGCCCAAAAUAUGUCCAGCAAUCCCUUUGACAGCGACGAGGAUCAGGGCGCAGCGAGUGGGGAGAUCCUAGAGGGCUUCCUCUGUCCCAUUUGCCGCGCAGAUCUGAAAUCCAUUGAUGUGCUCACGGAUCAUUUUGCGCGGCAGCACGCGGAGGAGGAGGAUACCCUCAAGUCUGUGUUCAAUAUAUUUGUAAAGGCAAAGAAGAAAAUCCUCAACAACUUUGAAGACGAACGUGGUGGUGCGGCAGCAGGCUCCUCCUCGUCUUCGACGGCAGCUGGCGGCGCAUCGUCCUCUGCCAAUGGCAACGGCGCGGAUCAGCGCGUGCUGAGUAAUGCCCGCUCGCGUUUUAAUGUCUUCAACUACAUGUCCAAGCAGCAGGUUGGCGCCGAGUGUUCGCACUUUGAGUACUUUCAAUCCGUGCGCAAUCCGCGCCUGGAACGCUACGCGAGCGAGACGAACAAGCUGAUAAUACGACUGCAUCGGCUGCUGAAGGAUUUGCCCACGGAUUCGGUGCAGCGCAAGCAGCACGAACAGCAGACGGUGGCCUGGUUGGAUGGCACUUCGGUGAAGCUGUGCCCCAGCUGCGCCAAGAGUUUCCACAUUGCCCGGAGGCAGCAUCACUGUCGUCUGUGUGGUGGGAUUAUGUGCAAUGAUUGCUCCAAGUUCCUAGCCCUAGAAAAUGCCCUGCAAUUGGCCAGCCUCUCCACCAGUCGGAGCGAACCAAUGCAGCACAUGCAGCAGGGCGACAGUGCCAUACGCCUCUGCGAGCAUUGCCUGUGGCUGCUGGACACCCGCCAGGACAUGCACGAGAGCCGCACCUGCCGCCCGCUGCUCGUCCAGGUCUACGAGCAGAUACGGCAGCUGCAAAAGGAUGUCACACCCGAUCUGGACAUGUAUCUGAAGAUCAUUAACAGCCUGCACGAGGGAGAGACCAUAUUUACCAUUGCCGAUGCCAGCGCCUUGCGUGGCAAGAUAGGACAGGUGGCCGAGGCCAUGGACAUGCGGAGUAAGCGCAUUCUGGCCAUCUACUGUGAGCCCGGCAGUCGGGAGGAGUCGCUGAAGAAGGCCAUUCGCCUGAGCUGCAUUCAGGCCAUCAAGGAGCGUAUGUUGUCGCUGCCACCGCUGCCGAACGAGGCGCACAUCCAGCAGAUACAAGAACGCAAGCGCAUGGAGACGGAGCAGCGAAUACUCACCGAACAAAGGAUGGCCAUGGAGGCGUACGAACGUUACGGACUGGGCGCCACAACCAUACAGUCGGGCGGGGGUCUGGAAAGCGGCACCUUUGCUCAGGGGUCGGAUUUGCAAUCCAUUAACAACUGGUCUGCGCCACAAGCCUCCACAUCCACGUCAAAGUCCAGCCUGGACGAUCCCCUGAUUGAACAAAUCAAUAUUAUAAAGGGCUACAUUAAGCAAGCGCGGCAGGACAUGAAUUUCGAGGUGGUGGAAACGCUCGAGCUCAAUCUACGCGAGCUGCAGCGCGAGGUGUACGAGAGGCAGCGCAAGUCACAGAACAGUGCCGCCGCCUCGCCCGAGCUCGAGCAGCAGCAAUCCUAAAUCAGUAUAGUAUAUGUUUAUAUGUAUAUGAACAUUCCCGCUAAAUGACAAAAUUAAAUGUGUACAUUUCAA